UACGAUCCUUGAAAGCCGGGAUGAAAUCAAUAGGAAGCUCACGCGAACUCUCCGUCUUAAUAUAAAUUCAUUCGCACGCGAAAUUUCACGGAGUAUCGCGCUGGAGGGAAGCAUCGGGGCCCCGCGAGGGCAAACACGAUGAAGAACGCGAGGAUACGGUUUUAAUGCCGCGUAUGUCGCGUUUCAAUAAGGAUACCAAGAAUAUCAGAUCAUCCCCUCCAGUGCGUCGUUCACCGCCAGUAAAAUCUCAGACGGUCAAAGUCCAUGAUAUGAGAUAGUGAUUCCCGUUUGAAAACGCUCAGCAAUUAGCGACAAUGGCUGUGAUUCACAUAAGAAAAGUGCGAUACUUAGUGUCAUGCUGUUGGGGUGUGUCGUAAGGCAGGCAGAAAGUAUAAGAAAUUUAAGUUUGUUUGCGCGAAUAAAUGACAAAAUUUGAUAAGCAACUAUCAAGCGAUGAUAGGGCUCGUUAUACUUUUAACGUUAACGAAAGUGAUCGGAGGUUCGUUACCUCCAGACGACGCCGACAAUGUGUUGCAUAUCGGUGGAAUUUUUCCGAUAGCGGGCGAAGGUGGAUGGCAAGGUGGCCAGGCUUGCAUGCCAGCGGUGAACUUGGCUUUAGACGAUGUUAACCAUGAGAAAAAUUUGCUACCUGGAUUCAUACUGAAGCUUCACUCAAAUGACAGUGAGUGUGAACCGGGACUCGGUGCCUCAGUGAUGUACAAUUUAUUAUAUUAUAAACCACACAAGUUGAUGUUGUUAGCCGGAUGUAGUACCGUCUGUACGACUGUCGCUGAGGCAGCGAAAAUGUGGAAUCUAGUGGUGUUAUGUUACGGUGCAUCUUCGCCUGCAUUAUCGGAUCGAAAUCGGUUCCCGACGCUUUUUAGAACACACCCGUCAGCCACAGUGCACAAUCCCACGAGAAUCAAAUUGUUACAAAAAUUUGGUUGGUCUCGAGUGGCAAUCUUGCAGCAAGCCGAAGAAGUGUUCAUAUCUACUGUAGAAGAUUUAGAGGCACGUUGCAAGGAGGCAGGGAUAGAAAUAGUCACACGUCAGAGUUUCUUGUCCGAGCCGACAGACGCGGUGAGAAAUCUGCGUCGCCAGGAUGCUAGGAUCAUCGUUGGUUUGUUUUACGUUGUGGCUGCGAGAAGAGUCCUUUGCGAAUUGUAUCAUCAAAAGCUGUACGGUAAAAGCUACGUAUGGUUCUUCAUCGGUUGGUACGAGGAUAAUUGGUUCGAAGUGAAUUUGGACAAGGAGGGAAUCACCUGCACGAAAGAACAAAUGAGACUCGCUGCCGAAGGACACUUGACGACAGAAGCUCUCAUGUGGAAUCAGAAUAAUGACACGACAAUUAGCGGAAUGACUUCCGAGGAUUUCAGACAGAGAUUAAAUAAAAUGCUGAAGGAGGAUGGAUACGACAUCGAUAACAAUCGCUACCCUGAAGGAUAUCAAGAGGCGCCUUUGGCAUACGACGCUGUUUGGUCGGUGGCAUUAGCUUUUAACAAGACAAUGGAAAAGCUGAGUAAGCAAGGGAAGAGUCUAAAGAAUUUCACCUACACCGACAAGGAGAUAGCAGACGAAAUUUACUCGGCGAUCAAUUCCACUCAGUUUCUAGGAGUAUCUGGUUUCGUUGCAUUUAGUUCACAAGGUGACAGAAUCGCAUUGACCCAAAUCGAGCAAGUGAUCGAUGGAAAGUAUGUUAAGUUGGGAUAUUACGAUACACAAAGUGACAAUCUGACUUGGAGAAACAUGGAAAGAUGGAUUGGUGGUAAAGUACCUCAAGAUAGGACUAUCAUAAGAACUGUUCUGCGCACGGUCUCGUUGCCUUUGUUUAUUUGCAUGGGGACCAUAUCCUCGGUGGGAAUCAUAAUAGCUUUGGGACUGAUCAUUUUUAAUAUAUGGAACAGGCACAGAAGAGUUAUAAUGUCGUCACAUCCUGUGUGUAAUACAAUAAUGCUGGUCGGGGUGAUAGCAUGUUUUGUGUCGGUGUUUCUAUUCGGAAUCGACGGUAGAUUCAUUGCACCGUGGCAAUAUCCAGCGAUCUGCCAAGCUAGGGCCUGGAUGCUAUCCACAGGAUUCACUCUUGCUUUCGGCGCGAUGUUUAGUAAAGUGUGGCGGGUCCACAGACUUACGACAAAAACGAAAGCCGACCAAGCGAAAUUGUUCAUGGCUAAACAAAAAGUUUCGUCCAUACAGAAGAAAAUUCAACCGUGGAAGCUGUACACGAUGGUAAGCGGACUAUUGGCGAUGGAUAUAUUAAUAUUAGUCUUGUGGCAAGUGCUCGAUCCUUUAGAAAGAAAAAUAGAGACCUUCCCACUAGAGUCACCUCCGUUUGGCGAUGACGAUGCAAGAAUUAGACCCGAAUUAGAACAUUGUGAGAGCAUACACACUAUACGCAAUAACAUUUGGCUCGGUUUUAUUUGCAGCUGGAAAGGGCUAAUUCUGGUGUUCGGAUUAUUUUGGGCGUACGAAACAAGGAGCAUCAAAGUUAAACAGAUCAAUGAUUCUAGAUACGUCGGGAUGGCGAUAUACAAUGUGGUUGUCCUCUGUUUGAUCACAGCUCCGGUGACGAUGGUGAUUGCCAGCCAGCAAGACGCUAGUUUCGCUUUCGUUGCACUCGCCAUUAUUUUCUGCUGUUUUUUAAGUAUGGCGCUAAUUUUUGUGCCUAAAGUAAUCGAAGUGAUUAGGCAUCCAAAAGACAAGGCUGAAUCUAAAUACAAUCCGGACGUGGGUAUGUCGAAGGAAGACGAAGAAAAAUAUCAGAAGCUUCUCAGCGAGAACGACGAGCUUCAGAAACUCAUUGCCGCGAAAGAAGAGAAGAUCAAACUUUUAAAACAGACGUUGGCCGAGCGAGAUGCAUUGAAAGGUGGCAGUGGAAACGUACCGAAGGAUUCGUUGAUAGUCGCCGAUUUUGUAACCGGCGAGGGGACUUCAGAUAGCGCAAUCGGUUGGCUGAACGAACGAGCCCCGUCGAUUAGGAUGACAAAAGCAAUACGAGCAUAUGAAUGUACGAACGAGCUAAAAGCUCAUGGCAAAACGCUCUGUUUCUCUCUCACUUCUAAAACUAGAAUUAAAUGUACACAUGCGUGA